GGCCGCCACAGAGAUGGGGUCCCCUCCGGGGAAGCUGGACUUCCUCUGCAAACUGGGGUACGCCAAGGAGGAUGCCGUCAAGGUGCUGGCCAAGCUGGGGCCGAGGGCGCUGGUCAACGACGUCCUGCAGGAGCUGAUUCAGAUGGGCAGCAGCCCUCAUGCCGAAGGGAGUCCCGGGCCCCAGCUCGUCGCCCGGGGCGCCUGCAGCAGCACCGGAGCGUUGCCCAAGCAGCACCGCGGUGCCGAUCCCGAACGGGAGACGGGGGACCCGACCGGCUGCUCCCUGAGACCCAUCGUGAUUGACGGCAGCAACGUGGCGAUGAGUCACGGAAAUAAGGAAGUAUUCUCUUGCCGUGGGAUUCAGCUCGCCGUGAACUGGUUCAAGGAGAGAGGACAUACCUACAUCAAGGUGUUUGUCCCAUCCUGGAGAAAGGACCCCCCACGCUCUGAUAGUCCCAUUACAGAGCAGCACGUGCUGGAGGAGCUGGAGAAACAGACGAUCCUGGUGUACACCCCGUCCCGCAGGGUGAACGGGAAGCGGGUGGUCUGCUACGACGACCGCUACAUCGUCAAGGUGGCCUACGAGAAGGACGGCAUCAUCGUCUCCAACGACAACUACCGGGACCUCCAGAGUGAGAACCCCGAGUGGAAGUGGUUCAUCGAGCAGCGACUCCUCAUGUACUCCUUCGUCAACGACAAGUUCAUGCCUCCUGAUGAUCCCCUAGGCCGCCGUGGACCCACGCUCAACAAUUUCCUGAGCAGAAAGCCAAAGCUUCCUGAGCCCUCCUGGCAGCACUGCCCAUAUGGCAGGAAGUGCACCUAUGGUGUCAAGUGUAAAUUUUACCACCCAGAGAGACUCAAUCAAGCCCAGUUGUCGGUGGCGGAUGAGCUCCGAGCCAAAACAAAGGCCUCUUCCAGCUCUGAGGAGGAGCGGCUGGCGGGCGGCGGGGCCGCCAAGCCCGAGGCGGUCAGCCCGCUGCCCGGGACUCACCCGCAAGGAUCCUGGGCUUCCCGAGGAAGCAGCGGCAGCAGUCUCGGCAGCGGCAGCGGCCUGGGGCCCAGCUGGGCGGAGGAGAGGUUCCGGGCGCCAGCGGCGGGCACCUGGGCGGACGGUGCCCGAGGGAGAUGGGAGCCCGAGCAGGGUUUCUCCCCGCCGUCCCACGCUGGAGAUCUCGGGCUCGUGGAACUGCGGCUCUCCCGCGUGGAGUUGAGCGACGUGGCGGUGGGCCCCGGGCGGCGCCGGCCGAGCCCCGGGCCUCCUCUGGGGUUAGACGACGGCGCCCCGGGUUGUAACUGCCAAGCCCCCUUCCCGCCUCGGAGGCACGGCCCGGACUGCGGCUGCUUCCUCCGAGACGGGCCCCCGCCCGCUCCGGGCGCUUGCCGACAGGUCUCUCCCAGUUGGGCUAUCUGCCCCGGCCCGGCCGGGGGAGGGGUGCCGGCACCGGAGACCCGGACCGACUCUUUGGUCCCCACGCACCUCUCGUCCAAAGCGGGAGCGUCAGCUGACCGGCGGCAGCAUCACCGGCCUCCGCAGCCGCGGGUCCCCUACAGCUCCCGCAGGCUCCCGGCGGACCAGUUUCCCGAUGGGCGGCGAGCCGACGAGACGUGGAACGCCCCACAGCCCGGGCACAUCCGGCCUCCGGGGGCGGCCGGCUGGGGACACGGCCCCUCGUCCCCCGCGGGGUACGAGUACCUCGCUUACACCGCGCUGGCCCAGGAGCGCGCCCGCACCGCUCUCUACAACCUCUUCCCCCAUCGGGAGGUGGACCGGGUUUUGGCCUCGUGUCCCAACCUCAGUGACGUGACUAGUAUCGUUGAGCUAAUUCAGGAGCACAGGAGCUUGCCCCGCUUAAGGAGCUCCCUCGAAUAGUUCAGGGGCCGGGCGGGGGCUCCGCGUGAAUGCAUUUAAGAUCUCAAGGCCGUAAUCGUCUUCCGAGGACAUUUAGGGAGCGGUCCCACAGCUCUCCAUCUUCAUCCCCCACCUCGGCCGGUGAGCUUCCUCCUCGGGACAGCUGAGAGUGGAGGUAUCGUUUUAGAGCUUCCCCGUCAUUGAGCCGAGCUGGAAAGGGCUUUCCCUUGUGAGUCUGAGCUACAUCUGAGUGUCCCCAAACUAGUGGACCUCGAUCUUGCUCUUCCCAACUUGCAAGGAAGGGGCUUCCACGGCCUCCCAAGUGACUCCGCCCCCCUCGCCUUCCGUUAACUCCUCAUUCUUCCUCUCUAGCUUAUUUCCCACAGGCCGUAGUUCUAACUUGCUUUGUCUUAAGUUUCUAUAGGUCAUCCCUGCGCCUUCUCAUCUCCAAACCUGAGUCCCCGGAUUAUACCGUUCAACUCCGAA